AUGAUAAUCGGAGUUUUGGGAAAUGUCAUUGUUUUAUUUUACACAAUAUUCAUGGAAAGAGAAAAGACAGCAACAUCCUACUUAACAGGAAACUUGGCAAUGGCGGACUUACUCGUGUGCUUAACAUUAUAUCCAAUAUGGAUUGUUGAGUUCAUCCAGACAAUACUAAACAUCGACGGCGAUCAGGAAUUGUUUUGUGACUUAAGCCGUUCCACUAUCUGGGCAUUGCUGUUUGCUUCGAUGGCCACACUUCUCGCAAUAACAAUCGAUCGUUAUUUAUAUAUUGUGAAACCUCUCAAGUAUCCGAUAAUUGUGACUAAAAGGCGUGUUUUACUGGCUAUUUCAGGAAUUUGGCCAACUACUCUUUGUGUUUUAAUCCUCAUUGUAGUUCAAGAUCUUUACAAAAAGGAUGACAAGGGGAAAAGAAGCUUAUGUGAUAUAUCUAUGGUUACGCUUUUGCUAAUAAAUUCAUCCAUUGUUUAUAUUCCUCUCACUUUCAUAUUAAUACUUAAUUUUCGAAUUUUAAAUAUUGCACGGAUUCAACGUAAACGUGUCGUGGCCGAAGCAAACCAUUUUAUAGCUGGUCGUAAUUUUAACAGCAGCGAGCAAUCGUUUAAGCAGCUCUCCAGCAUACAACGUUUCUUCAAAGCAAUUAAAGCAGUGAAAACAUUUUCAAUUGUUGUCGCGGUUUUGACGUUUUGUGUCUUAACUCCAACUGUUGUUGGAGUAGCACUGGAGUAUUUUCGCAGCGAUUCAAGCAUCUUUAUUUGGUUUGUAGUUAUUCACUAUGAAUUCAUCGGAAUAAACUCGAUCUUGAAUGCAUUCAUAUACGGAAUGAGGCAUAUCAGAUACAAAAGGGCAUUCAGGGAUAUUCUGUUUAGAAUACUUCGCUGCAAUAGAUCCAAUAAAUGA